AGUGACGCACGCGCUUUUCGGAGCAGCGUUUCGCGGUGGUUGCCGGGAGCAAGCGUCCAGCUGCCGCACCAGGAAGUGGAGGGCGGAGCCGGGACUGAGUCGCCGCCUCGGGCUCGGAGGCCGGAGGCUCGACCCCCUCAGCAGCAUUAUGGACCCAAGCCUGUUGAGAGAUCGAGAACUGUUCAAAAAACGAGCUCUUUCCACUCCUGUGGUAGAGAAACGUGCUGUGCCUUCAGAGUCACCCUCCUCCUCAUCCAAGAAGAAGAAGGCAAAAGUCGAGCAUGGGGGAUCAUCAGGCUCUAAACAAAAUUCAGAUCAUAACAAUGGAUCAUUUAACUUGAAAGCUCUGUCUGGAAGCUCUGGAUAUAAGUUCGGUGUUCUUGCUAAGAUUGUGAAUUAUAUGAAAACACGACAUCAGCGAGGAGAUACGCAUCCCUUAACUCUGGAAGAGAUUUUGGAUGAAACACAGCACUUAGACAUUGGACUCAAGCAGAAACAAUGGCUAAUGACAGAGGCUUUAGUCAACAAUCCCAAAAUUGAAGUAGUAGAUGGGAAAUACGCCUUCAAACCUAAGUACAACUUGAAAGAUAAGAAGGCCCUGCUCAGGCUUCUAGAUAACCAUGACCAGCGAGGACUGGGAGGCAUUCUCUUAGAAGACAUAGAAGAGGGAUUGCCUAAUUCUCAGAAAGCUGUCAAGGCUUUAGGGGACCAGAUUCUAUUUGUAAGUCGUCCUGAUAAGAAGAAAAUACUAUUCUUCAAUGAUAAAAGCUGUCAGUUUUCUGUGGAUGAAGGGAAAAUCAGACACCCACUUCUGGACUCUGCAAGCAAGUGUCUGCAUGCAAACAUCUGCAUGCAAACGUGUAUGAACCUCUACGUGCAUAUGCAAUAUAUACACACAUACUGAUAAUUUUAAAAAUGAAUCUUAAAAAGAAAAACCCUGGUUAUUAGGUAGUUGGGAACUUCUAGCUCCUUCUUAGAUCAUACCCCUAUGCCAUGCCAGGAAUCUGAAAAUUUAGGACCUUUUUAGUCUGUCAGGGAUCUGAGGUUACAGAACAGUCUAUGAACAGAUAUCCCAAGAGAAGAUGAGGUGUGGAUACUCACUGAGAUAGACAGAAUGAGCACUAAUCAAAAGAAUGUAGCUAAAAGUGUGACGGUAUUACUAAAGACCUAGUACUGAUUAGUAUGAGGACACAGAUCUUAAGGGUGCUGUGGAUUCAGGGGUACAAAUUCCCCCCUCCAAGCCCUUCUCCAUAGACUCCAUUAGAUUCUUAGCAGCGAAGGUUAAGGCUGUUCUUCUAGAGAACCUAUGACUUGAUUUGAUUUCUAGCACCCACCCACAUGGUGGCUCACAAUUCAAUUUCUAGGGCCUCUGAUGUUCUUGUGACCUCCACUGCCCUGCUCACAUAUGGUGCACAACAUACAUGCAGGAGAAAUACCCGUAGUAAUGUGGAGUUCCAGAGCACACGCAGACAUAGGAGAGACAGUGUAGCAGGGAAACCCAAGACUGGACAUCAGCAGCCACUGAAAACACUUCUGGCAAACCAGGCCCUGUCAUGAACACAAGGUGUGGCUUUAAGAAUUGGAAGCUAGUUCAUUAUGGCUAACACGAGAUAGCAGAAGAUCUUGCUGACCAAGCUCACACCCUGACUGGAUUGACUCACUCUCUGCAGGCUUGGCAGAGGAAAGGCGUUCCCAUUUCCAGGCAUACAGACUAUUAACUCUGAUUUCAACUAUCCCACAGAGGAUGUCCUGCUUUUAAAAAAAAAAAAAAAAAAGGCAUUAAAAAAAGACAAAGGAAAUGUCAGUAAUGAGACCAAACUUUUUUUUUUCUUUUUUUUUGGAGCUGGGGACCGAACUCAGGGCCUUGUGCAUGCUAGGCAAGUGCUCUACCACUGAGCUAAAUCCCCAACCCCGAGACCAAACUUUUAAGACACACAUACUUGAACUACUAACUACAACUGCCGGACACAGAAUUUAAAAUAACUGUUAAUGUUGAACUAAGUAGUAGAAAAGGCCAGAUCAACUGUUAGGAUGAAGUGGAAUAUUUCAACUAAGAAAAUCUAGUGAAAAGUGUGGCGACAGAGCUGAGGAACAGCUCCAGGAGCCUCUCGUAAACAUGGUGUAACCACGGGAAAUGAACGCUGAUACACAAACAGAAGGAAGUGUGAAAAAACCAACUGCACCUUCGAGUUAUAGGACAAUAGCAGAUGGUCUUCAUGGAUAAUUUGAGUCUGAAGGAGAUGGUGGAAGAGGCAGUUGAAUGGCAGUGGCCAAGAAUUUUCCAGAAUUAAUGACAUCAAACCAGGAUGGAUCUAAAUCAUGAGGACAUGAGAUAAGUCGUCCCUCUCCAAACAAACGAAAGAGGAAAACACCAGACAUGGUUUAUUCAGACUGCUGACCACUGAAGAUAAAGACAGUGAGGGAAGAGAAGGAGUCAUUACAGAGGGACAAAUAAUUACAGCAGAGCUCUUAAAAAACUCUGUGUGCGUCUGUCAUUAAUCUUAAUUGAGUUUACUGCUGCACAGAGUAUGGGAUAAAAACCUCCUUUUCUGCUUGUAGGUUCAAUUAUUUUUCUGGCCCACUUUAUUUUUUUCGUGUGGGUGUUUUGCAUGCAUGUAUAUCUGUAUGCACUUACAGGAGACCCACAGAGGCCAGAACUGAAAUUAAGAGCCACCAUGCAGGUGCUCAGGAAGCCAACCAGGUCCUCUGGAGGAGUAGUUGGUGCUCCUAACUGCUGAGAUAUCUCUCCAGCCACACUUGCUCCCCAACCCAAGACACUAUUAAAGAGACUUCGUUUCAUUUUCUGUUUUUAACAUCUUUAUUAAAAAUCAACUGAGAUAUUUAUUUUAGUGGAUGUUAAGACAAUCCUCUCUGUACUCUGUGUUCUGUUUCAUAGGUUGACAUUUCUUUAUUUUUAGGCUGCUUUGAUUACUGUAGCUUUGCAAUGCGGUUUGUGGUCGUGUUGUCUCUUGCCUCCAGCUCUGUUCCUUUUAGCUUAAGAUUGCUGUCCUAGUCUUUUGUUAAGUUAUGAAGCAAAGCGGCUUAUUCAGAGGCUUUCUUGUUAGAAUUCUGGGGUAUAGGGUGUCAAGUGUUGAAGGUGUGGGAACACACUAAACAAUAGCCAGACUAGCUGUGUGAACUUUGAUUCUUGAAAUAAUGCAUUAGUCGCUUGCAUGUUUUCACAUGCACAUAGCCUUAGUCGCCAUUUGUUUGUUUUAGAUUGAAAGAAUUUGGAAAAAAAUUUAUCUUUUUUUUUUUUUGCAUGAGUAUUUUGCCUGCAUGUAUGUUGGUGCUCUUAACUGCUGAGCAGGGCAGUGGAGGUCACAUGGGUGUGAGAGCCCCCAGAACUUGAGUUAGAGAUGGUUGUGAGCCACCUUGUAGGUGGGUGCUGGGAAUCAAAUCUUAGGUCCUCUUGAAGAACAGCCUUAACCACUGAGCCAUCACAUAGCUUGCAAAUGAAGUAUGUGACAGUCUGCAGGACGGCUAGGGGACUGGCAAGGAUGGGAGGUGCAUGUUGGUGUAGGGGUUGGCAUCAUAGUCAGGAGCUUUCCCUUUCUCGGCUUCCAGAAUACACGCUGCAAGACUGCAUCACAGGUGGGUGUGUGUGGGGAAGGCUUCAAGGCUGCUCAUGAGCCUGGUCGGGAGAGCUGUCUUUAGGAGCAGAAUUGAAAGCAUAAAGGAUUUUUGUUUUGUACAUAUCCAGUAUGAGAAUGAGAUAUCUAGGAGACACUUGCCUUUUUCCUUUGUUCAUGGUAAGGAGUGUUCUCCUCUUCCUCUUCAUCCUCUUCCUCUUCCUUCUCCUCCUCCUCAAGUGCUAACUGCCUCUUCCCUUUGAAGAUGGGAGAAGCUUCAACUACAGCACCCUCCUCCAGCUAAAUCAUAAAACAUAGAGCACACUGGUGGUCCUGUCAGACGCCUUCCAGGUCACAUGACCUACUGGUGCUUCUUCCAGCUUUGACAUACGUUUGCUCUGUGUCUGUGUCUGUCUCUUUCCUUCUUUUUUGAGACAAUGUCUCACUAUGUAUCCUCAUUGUUUGCCUGGAACUUGCUAUGUUAGGUGGGGUUGGCCUUGAACUUGCGGAGGUCUGCCUGCUUUGCUUCCCAAGUGCCGGGGUUUAAGGUAUUUCUUUGUUUUCUUAGUGAAAUCUCAGACGUGUUAAUUUAGGCCCAGGACAUAUAAUCUUCAAGGUGAAUUUUGAUCGCCAGGAUGUUAUGGUUUAUACAAAUUUAUGGAAAAAUAACUGCUGUCUUCUUGGUAUAGAGUUCCAGAAACUGUGGAGGAGUGUUACUGUGGAUUCAA